AUGGGAGAGAAGGCGUGUGAGUGGAAGCAGCUACAUACGUAUUUUGUGACCGUGCCGCGAAAAGCGAGGGCUUACAUCCCCCUGCCCUUUGGCAAGCGCUGGCUAGUCUGCGGGUUGGUACUGCUUGGCCUGCUGUCACAGCACACACUGUUGGUACGGGAGCAGUCGACGCAAGGCACCUCCACCGUCACCAACGGAGUGUCACGGACGAUUUCGGUGACAGAUGCCCCCAGCGGUCCUGGAAUCACAACCUAUGAUGAAAGGAAGAAAGUGACAGUAUCACCGGCGAGUUCGAGGACCAACCUUGAGUUUGCGUCCAAUUUCGACCAUGUCUUCCCGUCAUCAUCGCUGCACACGACAUUCAAGCGUCACCCCGCGUUUGGAGCCGUGUACGCCGUCGAUGACCCUGCGCGCGGACUCCUAUUUGACAGGGCCGCACACACGAAGGUCGCGGUCGCCUCUAGCACCAGCCUCAAGUUCGUCCUGUCUCCUCCGCCCAAGGGCCUCGUUUCGACCAUCAUGAUGGCGUACAACCACCACGCCGACCUGGUGCUCAGGCCGGACGACAUGUGGCUGACGAUCCUCGCCCACUUUUGCCUCUACGUCAACAAGAACGCGGAGAGCCUGCGCGACAGGAUCGUCAACCACGAGGGCAAGAAGGUGCUCAGGGUCGAGGGGGGCGGGAACCUCUUUUCCGCGGAAACCCCGGUCCUGAUCCGCGAGAUGCUGGGGAAGAUCCGGCAGAACGUCAAGAUGCCCGAGCUCGCCGACUGGUUCAAGCCCGGUUUCACGACGACGGCGAACACUGACGAGGUCGCCGCGGCGGCGACGGCGAUAACCAGCCUGCAAGCGUACUUCUCGUACGAGAUCCACCUCGAGUGCGGGCUUCCGUCGGUGACCCUCAUGGGCACUGUGCAGGACUGGAAGCUGCUGCGAGCGAAGGUAGAGCGCCUGCUCGACUUCGAGGUGAAGGACAAUCCGGAGGAGGACGUCAUGGAGGUGUGGGUGGGUUACCUGCGGGAGGUGUGCGACGGGUUCGUGGAAUCCGCGGAGCACCCAGACAGCACGGAAACACUCCAGGUCUGGGACAAGGUGGUCCCCCACAUUGGCGGCGGCUCGGGAGUGAGCUACAUCACGGGCUGGCUGCCCGCCUUCGCGUGCUUCAACAAGGACGGGAAGUUCAUGGGUAGGAACACAAACAAAGCCAGAAUAGGAUUGAAUCGGGGGGGGAACGCUGUCCGGGACGAGUCCGGCGAGUGCAAGUAUCCGCUGAUAGAUACUGGCGAGAUCUGCCACAACGCGGUGUCGUGUCCCGUGAAGAUCAACGACAACGGUGUCGAGUACGACGGCACUCUGUUCGUCGGCCAGGUUGCCCUUGAAGCCCGGAACGGUGGUGAGGGAGGCUACCCCCGGCCGCGUAACGGCUGGUGCUUGGCCGUACCUGCGAAAGAGGACGGAGGGCAUCUGUGUCCGUUGCCGAUGGUAAAGAGAGACUGUAUUAUUUGUCGUAUUUAUCUCUUUGAGACAUUGGAAGCAUGA